AAAGCCGAUUACCGCGCAUCGGGUCUGUGCGUCUAUCACCGCCUGUCCACUUGAGGGUUCUCCCCUCUGUGCACGGCACGCUUCUCACCUUCCCCUUUUCCCUCUUUAUUUUGUUUUUCUUUUAGUAGUUUAGAGAAGCGCAGCAUGGAUUUUUUCUAGUGCAUGUCGGACUUGGACAUCCUUCGCUAUGAGUUCCUGUGCAGAUGCGCUUCCAUCAGCGCGGCAACUUUUCCGCGCGCCUUGGCGCCGCUGAGCCGAGCGCGUCUCUCGGUGGGAAAGUUUACACGCAAGCCCCGUUGAACAUGAGCUCCCGGUGAAAAGCCCCGGUUGUCCCACUUUUGUCUCGCUUCAGAAACCGCACGGCAAAAAUGCAGAAGAGCGUUCGUUACAACGAAGGGCACGCGUUAUUUCUGUCGGCCGUCGCGCGUAAAGAAGGGACCAAGCGCGGCUACCUGAGCAAGAAGACGACGGAGAACAGCCGAUGGCACGAGAAGUUCUUCGCCCUUUACCAGAAUAUACUCUUCUACUUCGAGAACGAGCAGAGCGCGCGACCUGCUGGGAUUUACCUGUUGGAAGGAUGCACCUGCGAGCGCGCCCCGGCGCCCAAGAUGUCCACCACUGGAAAGGAAGCGAUGGAGAAACAGCAUUACUUUCUCAUCGUGUUUGGUCAUGAUGGGCAGAAGCCUCUGGAGCUGCGGACUGAGGAGGAGACUGAGUGCGAUGAAUGGGUGGAAGCCAUCCAGCAGGCCAGCUACUCGGAUAUCAUCAUCGAGCGAGAGGUGCUGAUGCAGAAGUACAUCCACCUCGUGCAGAUCGUGGAGACGGAGAAGGUGGCGGCCAAUCAGCUGCGAACUCAGCUGGAGGAUCAGGACACUGAAAUCGAGAGGCUCAAAGCAGAGAUCGUAGCUCUGAACAAAACUAAGGAGCGAAUGCGGCCGUACCACGUCUACCAUGAAACCGAAGACCCGGAUAUCAAAAAGAUCAAAAAGGUGCAGAGUUUCAUGCGAGGCUGGCUGUGUCGCAGGAAGUGGAAGAUCAUCGUUCAGGACUACAUCUGCUCCCCUCACGCUGAGAGCAUGAGGAAGAGGAACCAGAUUGUCUUCAACAUGGUGGAAGCAGAGACAGAGUACGUCCACCAGCUCUACAUCCUGGUCAACUGUUUUCUCAGACCGCUCAGGAUGGCAGCCAGCUCCAAGAAACCUCCCAUCAGCCACGACGACGUCAGCAGCAUCUUCCUCAACAGUGAGACCAUCAUGUUUCUACAUGAGAUCUUCCACCAGGGUUUGAAGGCCAGGAUAGCCAACUGGCCAACGCUGGUGCUGGCUGAUCUAUUUGACAUCCUGCUUCCAAUGCUGAACAUCUACCAGGAGUUUGUGCGAAACCAUCAGUACAGCCUGCAAGUUUUGGCCAACUGCAAGCAGAACAGAGACUUCGACAAGCUGCUCAAGCAGUACGAGUCCAACGCCGCCUGUGAGGGAAGGAUGCUGGAGACCUUCCUGACAUAUCCCAUGUUCCAGAUUCCUCGUUACAUCAUUACCCUGCAUGAACUGUUGGCCCACACGCCCCACGAGCACGUGGAGCGGAAGAGUCUUGAAUUUGCCAAAUCCAAACUGGAGGAAUUGUCCAGAGUGAUGCACGAUGAGGUGAGCGACACAGAAAACAUCCGGAAGAACUUGGCCAUAGAGAGGAUGAUCGUGGAAGGCUGUGACAUUCUGCUGGACACCAGCCAGACCUUCGUCAGGCAGGGCUCGCUGAUCCAGCUGCCGUCAGUGGAGAGAGGCAAGCUGAGUAAGGUCCGUCUUGGCUCUCUCUCUCUGAAGAAAGAAGGGGAACGACAGUGCUUUCUCUUCACCAAGCACUUCCUUGUCUGCACGCGAAGCUCUGGUGGGAAAUUGCACCUUCUUAAGCAAGGUGGUGUUUUGUCUCUAAUUGACUGCACUCUUAUAGAAGAACCGGAUGCCAACGAUGAGGAGUCUAAAUCUGGUGGUCAGGUGUUUGGUCAACUGGAUUUUAAGCUCGUAGUCGAGCCCUCAGACUCCCCCUCGUUCACUGUGGUAUUAUUGGCGCCAUCUCGCCAGGAGAAGGCUGCGUGGACCAGUGAUAUCAGCCAGUGCAUAGACAAUAUUCGCUGUAAUGGCCUGAUGACCAGUGUGUUUGAGGAAAACUCUAAAGUCACUGUGCCUUACAUGAUUAAAUCCGAUGUGCGUCUCCAUAAAGAUGAUGUUGACAUUUGCUUCAGCAAGACGCUCAACUCCUGCAAGGUCCCCCAGAUCCGCUACGCCAGCGUGGAGCGGCUGUUGGAGAGGCUGACCGACCUGCGCUUCCUGUCCAUUGACUUCCUCAACACCUUCCUGCACACAUACAGGAUCUUCACCACAGCGAUGGUGGUCAUGGACAAACUGGCUGACAUCUACAAGAAGCCCUUCUCCUCCAUACCGAUCAGGGCGCGGUACCACUCAUUUGACCGUCUGUCCAUCUCAUCCAUCUGUCCCGACUACAAUCUGAAGAUCAAGAAGAUAGCCAUGGAUCAGUCCAAAUCCUUGGAGUUAUUUUUUGCCACCAAUCAAAACAACAGAAGUGGUGAGCACAUAAACGACAAGUCUCCUCGCCUCUGCCGCAAGUUCUCCUCUCCGCCGCCGCUGUCCAUCCCGUCCCGCACCUCCUCCCCCGUCCGAACGCGGAAGCUCUCCCUCCACUCCCCCAUCACCGGCAGGGUGGGAGGACUGGACCUGACCAGCCCCCUGUCCAACCCCACCGCCAACCACAACUCCUCCCAGUCGGCGGCCAGCAGCCCCACCUCCGCCCACACCCCCCAGACCCCGACGCCCCAGACCCCGACUCCGACCGCCACCUCCCCUCCACCGCCACCCUCCUCCACUUCCCCGCCGCCCAGCAACUCCAAGUCGCCGCAGGAGCAGGUCCCUCCCGUUCCCUCGUCCCCUGACCAGAGCCCCGGUCCGGCUGCGGAGAGCGAGGAGGUGCCCCGGAUCGACCCCUUCGGCGGGAAACUGCGGCGGAGCAUCCGCAGAACUGUGCUGGAAUCUGUGUCCCUGGAGAAAAUCAUCCCAGAAUCUCCUCAGAGCAGCGAAGCAGGGGAUAUGUCUCCAUGUCGCUCUCCUUCCACCCCUCGGCACCUCCGCUACAGACAGCCCGGAGGCCAGUCGGGGGAGAACUCCCGUUGCUCCGUCUCUCCCGCCUCAGCCUUCGCUAUAGCCACAGCAGCAGCAGGACAUGGUACCUCACCAGUGUUUACCAACUCUGAAAGAACCUGCGACAAAGAGUUCAUCAUCCGCCGAGCUGCGACUAACAGAGUUCUCAACGUGCUGCGCCACUGGGUGUCCAAACACUCCCAGGACUUUGAGAUGAACGGGGAGCUGAAGAUGUCGGUGAUCUGUCUCUUGGAGGAGGUGCUGAGAGACCCAGACCUCCUGCCUCAGGAGAGGAAAGCCACCGCCAACAUACUGAGUGGCCUUUCUCAAGAUGAGCAGGACGACGCCCAGCUGAGGAUAGAGGACAUCUUACAGAUGGCGGACUGUCCCAAGGCAGAGUGUUUUGAGUCUCUCUCUGCGAUGGAGCUGGCUGAGCAGAUCACUCUGCUGGAUCACAUCGUCUUCAGGAGCAUCCCUUAUGAAGAGUUCCUGGGUCAGGGGUGGAUGAAGGUCGACAAGACGGAGAGGACUCCCUACAUCAUGAAGACUAGCCAACAUUUUAACGAUAUGAGUAACCUGGUGGCAUCACAGAUUAUGACCCACACCGACGUGGGCUCCAGGGCCAACUCCAUCGAGAAGUGGGUUGCCGUGGCGGAUAUCUGUCGCUGUCUGAACAACUACAACGGCGUCCUGGAGAUCACGUCCGCACUCAACCGCAGUGCCAUCUACCGCUUGAAGAAGACCUGGGCGAAAGUCAGCAAACAGACGAAAGCCCUGAUGGACAAACUGCAGAAGACCGUCUCCUCCGAGGGGAGGUUUAAAAACCUGAGGGAGACGCUGAAAAACUGCAACCCUCCAUGUGUGCCAUACCUGGGAAUGUACCUGACAGAUCUGGCCUUUAUUGAAGAGGGAACCCCAAACUUCACCGAGGAUGGUCUGGUUAACUUCUCCAAAAUGAGGAUGAUAUCCCACAUCAUCAGAGAGAUCCGACAGUUCCAGCAGACGCCGUACAGAAUAGAGCAUCAAGCCAAGGUGACCCAGUACCUCCUGGAUAAGACUCUGAUCAUGGAUGAGGACACACUCUACGAUCUGUCGCUGAAGAUCGAGCCCAGGCUCCCUGCCUGAGUUCCACCUGUUUACGGCCCACUCGGGCCUGCUGAAAACGGACCACCCCCGCCCGAGGGCGAGACGCCUGCAUGAUCUCAUCAAAUCAAGAGCAAGAAAAGUUGACGGAUGAAAAAAGAGAUCUAUGGAUGAGUACGACUGAGCAAGCUUGAG